AUGAUCCACUAUCGCAAUUGUCCAUUACUGUAUAAUUAUCUAUCGAGACGGGCAAAUCUUAGAACAAAUGGCUCUAUCCUACAUCGCAUAAGAUACACAUCAACAGUAUCAACCGAUGAACCGAACAAACUGGUGGUUCCUAGUGUUCCAUCCGUAAAUGACCCUCCUGUCGUUAGAAGACCCGGUGAAAUAAUCGAUAUUGAUACGCUAACAAAAAAUUACUGGGCAUUUCCGGCUGUCGGAUUCAACAGCAUCCUUGAGCUUCCAGUAUACACAUUUGAAACACAUGAAGAUGCCAAGGAAAUAAAAGUCGGUCCACAACGGUAUAUUAGGGUGCCUAACGAAAUUUUCGGGGUGCCAUUGCGACCGGAUAUCUUACACAGAUGCUACCAGUUCUAUAGGAGAGCCAAGGCUGGCUACUGCGAAAAUAUGCAGCUCUACAAAUGGGAGUGGCCUGGAACUACAAAAAAAUGGAGGAAGCAACAAAGGACUGGCAAAGCAAGAAUUGGAUGGAAAAAAUCACCCGGAAAAUAUCUAGGUGUGUUCUCCCACCCGGUUAGGCCUCAGGACCAGCGCAUAAAAAUACAACGAAGAACACUAUACCAUGGAUUAAAGAUUAUGUUAUCUGCCAAGUUUGCUCAAUCACAAAUACAAGUGGUAGAUUCCUUUCUAAUGAGUUCCCACAAGACAAAAUAUGCAGUUCAAAACUUGAGGAGGAUUCUAGGGAGAAAGUGUAACUCUGCACUAUUAGUCUUUGAAGGGUAUAAAGAUUCUAAUGAGCACUUCAGAUGGUCUACAGCAAAUAUACCAGCCGUACGUAAUGAAACUGUAGAAGGUGUAAACGUCUAUAAUCUUCUAAAAUAUAGACAACUGGUAAUCACAGAAUCUGCUCUAAAAAAACUCAUCUAUCAUAUUGAAAACUAUCCUAAAAAAUGUGAUUGGUUGCCUAGGUAUGCAACUCCAAAUAAUACUCCGGCUCCUGUUCCGGAAAAGGUAAAGGGAUGGAACAGCACGUGGAUAAAAACGAAGAUACAAAAUAAACUAGCGUCCAAAAGUAGAGAGAUGUGGAUGGAGCAAGUGAAGAAGUGGAAAUGGUCAUCAGAAACCAAGGGAGCUCUAAAGAUCCCACGCGAAGACCCGCUCAAGGGGUUCAGGCUUAUAAACCUGGAAAGUACAACAGAAGACGAAAAGGCGCGCUUUCAGUAUCUCUAUGAUUCAGUGUUUGAUCCCCUAGAAGAUGUGGAUGAUUAUGAUAAUGGCACAGAAAUAAAUAUGGAUAGUAUGGAAUCUGGAGAACGAUUCAUGGAUCCUGAGGACCUAAAUGAACUGAGGCCAACUCCAUUUAAAUAA